AUGGCCACCCACCAACAAAAUGCGCUUGAGGUAGCAGCCGCUAGACUUGAGUGUAAGACGCUUCGCCGGGAACUGUCCAAAGAUGCCGACUUGGAGAACAAAGAGCGCGCUGCUCAGUUGUGCACUGAGGGUCACAAGAACCGGUUCGGCCACGGCGUCCCUGCCAACUUGCUGAGAGCAUUCCAACUCUACACAGAAGCGGGAAGCCUAGGGGAUCCAGAUGCCUUGACGUGUGCAGGAAUCUUGCUCGAGGAGGGUCUAGUGGAUCCAGAUAUUGACUACGACAAUGUUGUGAAAGAUCUGAAUCUGUUGGGGCGUGCGGCCAAGCUUGGACACGCCGACGCCCAGGUGGCAGUGGGAUACGCGUGCGAGCAAGGACGAUCGGGAUGGAUGCAGGACCACCAACAGGCGAUUUUUUGGUAUACGAAGGCUGCGGAACAGGGCAGCGCGACUGCGACAAACAACUUGGCUUCUCUGUUUUAUCACGGCCGAGGGUGCCAACAAGAUUUCGAGAAGGCUGCUGAACUAUUCAAGAAAGCUGCCGCAGGUGGCAAUACAAAUGCGGUGUACAAUCUCGGAGUCUGUUACGAGUUUGGUCGUGGGGUCGCGGCUGAGGAUUCUGAUAAGGCUCUUCAGCUGUAUCAGCGCGCUGCGCAGGCUGGCCACGUUAAGGCCGCCUGCGCUCUAGGCCUUCUGCUGUUUAAGCUGAAUGUCGCCGCUGGAAAACCGGUGGACGCCUACAUUGGAGCAGCAAAGUGGCUACGAGUAGCUGCAGAGCACAAGGACGUCGAAGCCUGUUUUGGUCUCGGCCAGCUCUUCGAGGCAGGCCUUGGCGUUUCAAAAGAUUACCAACAGGCUCUGGAGUACUACCGGACGGCAGCGGCUGCAGAAGAGAAUCCAAAGGUGCACCUUCGUCUAGCACAUUUGUUGUACUCGGGCCACGUUGGCGGCGAUCUCUUCUUGAAGAAAGAGGCGUUCCGGCACUACCAAAAAGCAGCUGAGGAUGUAGGGGAGAAGUCAUACUACCACCACCAGCUUGAGUUGCUGCCCCUUCCCGUCUCACGACUUGCUAAACUGCGUAUUUCUGCACCUGUUCGCCUCCCUUCAGCAGGAGAGACGCGUGGCGUGUGCGCCGAUACUAUGUUGCCUUUUAGAUACUAG